UUGAAUAUAUUGUCAUAUGCUUGCUGUUUUUUUGUAGGUACGGACUUUGAAGCCAAAUAUUUCCAUGUCCGUUGUUGUGCACACAUUAUCAACUUGGUGGUGCAAGAUGGGACAACCAUCAUGACCCCUUUGAUAGAGAAUUUGAGAGAGACGGUUAAGUAUUUCAAGAAGUCACCGAGUCGCCUCCACAAGUUUGUUGAGACUUGCAAAAUAUUGGGUGUUAAGGUUGGCGACCAUUUGCAUCUUGAUUGUGUCACGCGGUGGAGUUGAACAUACAAGAUGCUUGAUACAGCCUGCUCGUAUAGGGAAGCCUUGUCCUCUUAUGCUGUGGGGAAAGCAAAUACCGAGAAGAAUAUUGUGCGUGGAGAGUUGGACACAUUGUAUGAGAAGUUUGUUGCGAAAAAUAAGCAAGCUGAAGAAAGAGCUAGUGGAUCAUCAGCCAAGAACAAUUGCAACACAAGUACCUCGAUGCCACUUAUGGAUUGUGAGUUUCAGUCCUUCUUAUCAGCCACUUCAUCAACACCAUCAAAAAGUGAGCUUAGAAACUAUCUAGAUGACUUGAAUGAGGCAAUGGAUCCUAUGUUCAAUCUUCUUGAUUGGUGGAGGGUGAAUGCACCUAGAUACCCCGUAUUGGCAAUGAUGGCAAAGAGGUUCUUGACUGUCCCGGCUACCUCCGUGUCUUCGGAAUCAACUUUCAGCACGGGUGGAAGAGUUUUAGAUGACUACAGGAGUUCUUUGAAACCAGAAAUGGUGGAAGCCUUGGUGUGCGGUGCUAGUUAUAUCAAAGGUUCUCACAAGGACUUCAAUGUGGUGGAGAGGGAUGAAGAUGAGGAGGACGAUGUUGAGAAUAUCAAGUUGCCCAAGAUUGUUGAUGUGGGGGGUGACAACAAUUGGUAACUAAUGUUUUUACAUGUCUCAGUUUUCCUAUCUUGACAUAUUGAGAAUAUCAAGUUUACAAAUCUGUGUUACAUGUAGAUAUUCGCCAUGUGGGUGUUGCUCUUGCUAUUUUGAAGAUGGAUGUCUACAUGAUCUUCUCAUGUGGAUUGUUGAGGUCAACGUGAUCAUCUCGUGCCAUUUCUUUUGUUGUGAUGAACUUCGAAUUAUGUGUGCUGUUGUGGUGAACUAUGGACCUUGAAUGAUGUUGUGAUGAACCAUGCACUUUCAACAAUGUUGUUGUGAACUUGUGAUGAACUAUGAACUUUGUAUUAUGUGGUUUUCACUAGUCAUUGUUUGGCUGUCAACAUUUUCUCA